AUGAGUCAAUAUGGUUCUACGUCAAUAUCGUCAUCGAUACAGAAAACUAAAUCGAAUCCAGCAUUACUUAUUGAUUAUCAAAUAGAAUCUCCUCGUUUUUCUGCUCAUAAUGCACAACAAAUACAAGAAGGUAUCGAACAUUUAAACGACAAUGGUUAUGCAGUAUUUUCUCAUGUGCUUUCAUCUGAUGAGAUUCCCUCUAAUAUCGAUUUAUUGUGGAAACAUUUGGAAAAUUUGUCAGCACCAUAUCAAAUUAAACGAGAUGAUGCACGAACAUGGGACAUUGCAUGGCCUGGUCUGACUUAUAUUGGAUUAAUGCCAGAUGAAGGUUUCGGCCAGUCACAGUUUGCAUGGUCUAUACGAGGAAAUCCAAAUGUGAAAAAGAUUUUUGCUCAACUUUGGCAAACGAAUGAGUUACUUGUUUCAUUCGAUGCUGUUGGUUGCUUUCGUGAUUGGCAUUGGAAUUCAACAUGGAAGACAAUAAGUGGAUGGUAUCAUUGUGAUCAGAAUCCAAUUGAAAAGCCUCAUCGAUGUUCGAUUCAAGGUUUCGUAUCUUUAACGGAUAAUAAUGAAUUCACUGGUGGUCUUGUUGUCGUACCUCAAUCACAUAAACAUUUUGAGCAACUUCAAUCCAUCACUCGAGGCGGCAAGCAAAGAGCUAAUUUCUGUCGUGUACGUAGAAAUCAUCCUUUGCUCAAACAAUUCAAACCACGUCUAGUCAAAUGCAAAGCUGGUGAUCUUGUCGUCUUUGAUUCUCGAUGUAUUCACUGCAAUACACCAGCUCUCGAUACUGAAGAAAUGACAAAAUUCAAUGAAGACAAAACUCCUCAACUGUUACGCAUUGUCGCUUAUGUAUGCAUGAGUCCAACAGGAAUGGUUUCUGAUGAUAAACUCGAAGAAUUUCGCAAGACUAGAGAAGAAUUUGUCAAAGAUAGAAUAGCAUGUACACAUUGGCCUUGUGAACUCAAUAUUUCCGGUAAGUAAAACUUCAACAAAUGAAAAAAAAUAUCCAUUGAUUUUGUCUAGGUGGAUCACCAUCUGGUGUCAAACAGCCACUCAGACUUUCGAUGUAUCAACGAUCUCUCAUUAUAGGCACUAAUGUCGAUCCAGACAGUGAAAUAGCACAAGAAGUUAUCGAUGUUUAAUUUCGAAUUUCAUCGUCUCGCUAUGUACUUACAAACCAGAAUAUUGACAAUAAUUUGAUAAUUCUCGUCGUUGUGAUGUGAAUAAGAAAUUUAAAAUAAAAUCAAAGACAUGUACAAAGAGAUCCUUGAUCAAAAAUAAUAUCAUAUUUUUUUUUAAAGAAGCAUCUGUAAAGAACUUCGCCUAUUUUGAUGACAACUAUUUUAUGCAUUAAUGAGGGUGUGGGUGUGCAUGUGUAGGUGAGGAGAAGAGCAACAGUCGCACCCACACCCACACCCAAAUCAAAUCUGCAUACAUCAUAAAAAGCACUAGAGAAAAUAUUUGGUAAAAAGAUAAGAAUACAGAAUGAGAAGAAAAAAAAGCAAGCAUUUUCUCUUUCCGAUCCCAAACGGCAACAACAUGACUAAUGUCGAUGAAUACACAUAUGAAGUAAUCAAUAAUGAAAAUGAUGCACGUCUGUGUGCUCGACUCAUAGCCGAAGAAUUCACUUCAAGGAAUCUUUUAACUAUAUUCGAUAAAAUAUCACCGGAACAAUUUUUUGAACUAAUAUCAUGGCCAUGGAUGGCAGAGGCACUCGAUCAACGACUAUCGUUUCUUGCACGACAUCGUUCUUCGGCCAGCAGUCAUACCAAUCG